AUGAGCAGCACUUUCCAGGAUGGCUCGAGACGUGAGGGAGGUUUGCCGGUCUCCGCUUUUGACUCACCGUACCGGCCAAAUGUGUCGUAUCACUUCAAUGGGGACGUAUCACGGUUCCACUACGGUGUAAAGCAUCCGAUGAAGCCGUUCAGGCUCAUGCUUACAGACCACCUGGUGUCGUCGUAUGGUUUGCAUAAUGUGAUGGACUUGUACGAGACCAGGCCAGCCACGCGCGAGGAGCUCAGCCAGUUCCAUUCUGAGGACUAUAUCGAGUUUCUGGCGCGCGUGUCGCCUGACAACUUGACCAAACUCCCGCGCGGAUCGCUGGAAAAGUUCAACAUUGGCGACGAUUGCCCAAUCUUCCAGGGCCUGUAUCGGUACUCCGCGCUGUACGCUGGUGCUUCGUUAGAUGCCACCAGAAAGCUUAUCAGCGGUCAGUCCGAAAUAGCCAUCAAUUGGUCGGGUGGGUUGCACCACGCGAAAAAAAACAAUCCAUCGGGCUUUUGUUACGUUAACGACAUUGUGCUCAGCAUACUCAAUUUGCUGCGAUAUCACCCCAGAGUCUUGUACAUAGACAUCGACUUGCAUCACGGAGACGGCGUUCAGGAAGCAUUUUACACCACCGACAGAGUGUUUACGGUUUCUUUCCACAAGUAUAAUGGCGAAUUCUUUCCCGGGACCGGCAGACUUGAUGAAGUGGGGUGCUCUCGCGGUAAACAUUUUUCUCUGAAUGUUCCUUUGGAUGACGGAAUAGAUGACGAUGCAUAUAUUAAUCUCUUCAAAAGCAUCAUGGAUCCAUUGAUCACGUCUUUCAAACCUACUGUCAUAAUCCAGCAAUGCGGGGCCGACUCACUGGGCCACGAUAGACUGGGGUGUUUCAAUUUGAAUGUAAAAGCUCACGGUGAGUGCGUAAAGUUUAUUAAGUCUUUCGGCCUCCCGAUGUUAGUCCUUGGAGGUGGUGGCUAUACGCCCAGAAAUGUAUCCCGUUUGUGGGCCUACGAAACAGCGCUCUUGAAUGGUGUAUCCAUACCCGAAGAAAUCCCCGAGGAUAUACCCUUUCGAGAUUGGUUUGGGCCCGAUUUCUCUCUUCAUCCGGUUCUUGACAACCUUUACGAGAACAAAAAUUCCAAGAGGUAUUUGGAGAACAUAAGGAUACGAUGCCUAGAAAACAUCAGGUAUCUUCAAGGUGCUCCGAGUGUGAGGAUGGAUCAGGAAAUAAUCCCUACUCAAGAUCUUAGCGGAUUGACUCAAGAAGAGGAAGAUGCGAUCAAGGAUCUCAACGAAGAGACUGAUAUGACAAGAGUCGAAAACAUAGAAAAAGAUUGCAUGAGGGUCGGAGAGUUCGUGUGA